GGGCACAGCUGAGCGUGACACUCGGGGAAGUCAAACCCCUCACUACUGCCUAGGAAGAUGGCUAGACUUUAAAGACUAUUUUUUUUUCCCUUUAAGAAAAAGAAUCUUAGAGCUUUUAUUCUUCUUUUUUUCUUCUGUUCUUUUUUCAUUUUUUUUCUUUCCUUUUGGCCGUGGCUUACUCCCCAUUUAAAACAAAUCAUUGAAUCUGGUUGCAGAAAGGAAAAGAAAUAGCCAAGUGUCUACAUUAUCUGGAUGUCUACAAAUUAGAGAGAGGGAGAGACAGCGAGAUCUAUCUGCUCGAUAAGAGCAAGCGAUCCAGGCCAGACGCCUGGGCUUUUUUUCCUGCACCCGCCCCGAGCCUUCGCUGAGGCUUCGCCUGCCUCCUUCCUCGGCGCACCCCCACGGGCCGCUGGCAAAGUGGGGUGGGGAGCGAGGCGGGGGGGGCGGGGGCCGGCGCGGCGGCCGGGGCGGCGGGGCGGCCGAGCAUGGAAGAACAGCAGCCGGAACCUAAAAGUCAGCGCGACUCGGGCCUCGGCGCGGCGGCGGCGGCGGCGGCCCCGGGCGGCCUCAGCCUGAGCCUCAGUCCCGGCGCCAGCGGCAGUAGCGGCAGCGAUGGAGACAGCGUGCCCGUAUCCCCGCAGCCCGCGCCCCCCUCGCCGCCCGCCGCGCCCUGCCUGCCGCCCCUGGCCCACCACCCGCACCUCCCCCCGCACCCCCCGCCCCCGCCGCCGCCGCCGCAGCAUCUCGCGGCGCCUGCUCACCAGCCGCAGCCCGCGGCCCAGCUGCACCGCACUACCAACUUUUUCAUCGACAACAUCCUGAGGCCGGAUUUCGGCUGCAAAAAAGAGCAGCCGCCGCCGCAGCUCCUGGUGGCGGCGGCGGCGGCGGCCGGAGGAAGCGCAGGAGGAGGAGGCCGGGUCGAGCGUGACAGAGGCCAGACUGGCACAGGUAGAGACCCUGUCCACCCGUUGGGCACGCGGGCGCCGGGCGCCGCCUCGCUCCUAUGCGCCGCGGACGCGAACUGUGGCCCACCCGACGGCUCCCAGCCCGCCAACACCGCCGGCGCGGGCGCGUCCAAAGCCGGGAACCCGGCUGCGGCGGCGGCGGCGGCGGCGGCGGCGGCAGCGGCCGUGGCAGCGGCGGCGGCAGCAGCAGCAGCCGCCAAGCCCUCGGACAGCGGCGGCGGCGGCAGUGGAAGCGGCGCGGGGAGUCCCGGCGCACAGAGCGCGAAGUACCCGGAGCACGGCAACCCUGCCAUCCUACUUAUGGGCUCAGCCAACGGUGGGCCCGUGGUCAAAACUGACUCACAGCAGCCCCUCGUCUGGCCCGCCUGGGUCUACUGCACUCGCUACUCGGAUCGUCCAUCUUCUGGUCCGCGCACCAGGAAGCUGAAGAAGAAGAAGAACGAGAAGGAGGACAAGCGGCCGCGGACGGCCUUCACGGCGGAGCAGCUGCAGAGACUCAAGGCGGAGUUCCAGGCGAACCGCUACAUCACGGAGCAGCGGCGGCAGACCCUGGCCCAGGAGCUCAGCCUCAACGAGUCCCAGAUCAAGAUCUGGUUCCAGAACAAGCGUGCCAAGAUCAAGAAAGCCACAGGCAUUAAGAACGGCCUGGCGCUGCACCUCAUGGCCCAGGGACUGUACAACCACUCGACCACCACGGUCCAGGACAAAGACGAGAGCGAGUAGCUGCGGCCGGCCGGGGCCGCGCGGUUCGGGCCGCCGCGCCCCGAGCCCCCUCCUGGCACCGCCGCCUCUGCCUCGCGGGCCCAGCGCCUGGGGAGAAAUGAUCAGCGCAAAGGAGGGAGGGAGCAACAGGGAAGAGAGACAGACAGACAGAGAGAGAUCCUCAGAGUGGACAGCCACGUUUGAACGAAAAACAUUUUUGAAAAGGGAGAAAGACUCGGACAGGUGCUAUCGAAAAAAAAUAUGAUCUAUUCACUAUUCACAGUAUAAGGGACGAAACUGCGAACUCCUUAAAGCUCUAUCUAGCCAAACCGCUUACGACCUUGUAUAUAUUUAAUUUCAGGUAAGGAAAACAAAUGUGUAGCGAUCUCUAUUUGCUGGACAUUUUUAUUAAUCUCCUUUAUUAUUAUUGUUAUAAUUAUUAUAAUUAUUAUAAUUAUUUUAUCCCCCCCUCUCCCGCCUCGCUGUCCCCCGGCCCCCGUUUCGUUUUCGUUGCUGUUUUCUUUUUUAUGUUUUUUUUUUUUUUUUUUUGCUGCCCAGUACCUCCCGCCCCGCAUCGCUGGCCCUCGUUUCUCUGGGACUUUUCUUUGUGUGCGUGAGAGUGUGUUUCCUCGCGUGUCUGCCCUUCCCCUCCCCCGCCCCCCACCUCCCAGGACCCUUCUGUCCGUCUGUCUGUCCUGCCCCCCCUUAUGUUUGCCGGAGACUCGUUGAGAAAUACGACCCCCACAGACUGCGAGACUGAACCGCCGCUACAAGCCAAAGAUUUUAUUAUGUUCAGAAACCUGUAGUCUGAAAUAAAGUGUACACUGUGCUCACGA